AUGGCACUGUACCCGGGUGGUGGAGCGCAUCUCGCGUAUUCCACGCCGAAUCUGAACGAAGCCGAGCCGGCGGAUCAUAUUGAGGAUGGUCGGAGUUUGACCGACGACGAUUUCUACGAUGCCACGGAUUAUUGGGCACAGUAAGUUGGGGUUUUUGGUUUAACGGGAAGGGAUACUGUAUUUUUUGACAUGCAAUUUAUUUUUGGUUUAAAAAAGUGGCUUAAAUUUUAAAAAUAAAGGAAAUAUGUUAGUUUAAAAGGGUUGUAUCUUCAAAAACAAAUUGUCUUUUAGUAAAAAUGAAAUCAGCCUGGAACAAUGCAUUGCCGAGGCCAAAGCGGCUAUGGAUUUGUUCCUGAACAAUGAUUUUGAACAAGCUCAACAGAAAAUGAAGCCAUUGGCCGAUAAAACAAUGUAUCAUGCAUUGGGCUACAGCACUAUAUUGUUCUUGCAGGCUAUGAUGACUUGUGACCGGGUAAGGAUCUAAAGCUUGAUUAGACUACUAAAGUUUUUUUUUUAUUUUUAAAUUCUAAAGCGAUUUUAAAAUUUUUUGAAAUUUGAAUUUUUUAAAAUUUUUAAAAUCUCAAAAUUUUAAAUUUUUAAAAAAUUAAAUUUUUAAAUUUUAUGAGAAUAUUAUUAUAGGCAGACAUGGAAAAAGCGUUGGAAGCAUCUCAAAAGGCUGUCAAUGUGAUCCAUCGUUUCCGAGCACAGUACAGCAUCUCCGAUUCUAUUUUUCGGUUGAGUGGACAUUACAAAAAGUUGUCAGAUGAGGAGAUUCACGCAGAACUGUGCUACGCUGAGGCACUGCUUUUCAGGUAGGGUUGGGAUUGAGAAGGAUAUGGCUAACGAAGGGGUAGGGUAGUGUAGGGAAAACUAAGACAAGAUAGGGUCAAGAAGGGCAGUUUAGAAUAUAGUAAGGCAGAUUAGUUAAACGUAUUGUAAGCUGGGGUAAAAUAGCACUACAGUAGGUCAUAAGUAUGUUAUGGUAGGGCAGUUAAAGGAUAGUGUAUGACAACAAAAAUAUGUUAAAGUAAGGCCAUGACAGACUAUCGGUUAAAGCGAGGGUUCUGUUCUAUGCACUAGGUUCAGGAUGAGCUGCUAUAGGUUACAGUUGGGUUAUAGUAACAAUAGGGUUUGUGCUGUUUGGCUUAAUAGGAGUUGAGGUUACGGUAGGAAAUGUGCUUGUACUAUAGGGGUACAGUAACUGAUAGGUAGGGCAGGGUAUGGUAGGGAGGGUACGGUAAGGUAAGAUAAGGUAGGGUAUAAUAGGGUAGGGCAGGGCAGGGUAAGGUAGGGUAUGGUAGGGCAAGGUAGGGUAGGCUAGUACUAUGACACUAUAAUAAUUGUAUUAUACUGUAAAAUGUAUCUUUUACAGAGCAGCCUUAACCUUCUUCUACGACGAAAGCCUAGCCAGUUUCAUCAAGGGAGCUUUGAAGAUACGAUCUUGCUUCAUGUCUUACCGUGAAUGCUACCGUAUUCUCAACUCUCACACCUGGAAAACUCACAAUUCGAAGAUUAGAGAUGAGUUUGAAGCUGGUGUUCUGUUGGGAUUGGGCUCAUUCAACAUUGGCUUGUCCAUUUUACCUGGUAAAAUAUUGAAAUUGCUUCAAGUGAUCGGAUUCAAUGGGAAACGGAGCUACGGAAUGAAAUGCUUGAACAAGGUCGCUGAGAUGAAGCAUACAUUGAGGUGGGUAUAAGUUGGCGUAGAAUGGCAGGAAUAGGGGUAGGGGCAUAAUGAAAGUAAAGGUAGGUGUAGGGGUAGGGGUAGCUGUAGGUUUAAAUGUAGAGGCAAAAGUAGAGGUAGGGGUACGGGUAGUUAUGACACUAAUUUAUUAAUAAGUUCUGUAAUUUUAGAUCAACAAUGGCCUCCUUAUCUCUGUUGGUUUGGGAACUGUUUGUGACAUUCUUUAUUGGUGAAGGCCUACCAAAUCGAACUCUGUGCGCUGCUUUGUUUAAGGACCUGAAUGUUCAGUACCCUAAUGUAAGUAUCUUGUUAUAGUGAUUAGGGCUUAAGAAGCAGGAUAGGGUAGGUUAAAAUAAGGUAGGAUAGGCUAAGAUAGGGUAAGAUAAGGCAUAGGUGGCAAAUGUAGAUUACAGUGGAAUUUAGGCAUGGUUGGAUAAAAAAAUGCCGAGUAAAGAAGGAUACUGUAAUUUAGAGUAGGGUUGAGUUAAAGCAGUUCAAGGACAUGGUAGGAUAAUAAAAAGUGACGUAGGACGUGGUACGGGUGGGCAUGGUAGAGCUAGGGAUGGCAUGGUAGGGUAGGGUAUGGUAUGGUAUGGUAUGGUAGGGCUAGGUAUGGCAAUGUAGGUUAGAUUAAGAUAUUUAAAAUUUUUUAAAGCUGGUGGUUAUUGAGGGAGGCUUACUGUAAAUUACGUAUAUAUAUGUAGUUGUGUCAAUUGUUAGUUGUACGAAACAUAAUGACAUCUUAUAGGUUUCCGUGUUUAAAAUAGUCAGAAAUUACAAUGUUGUAAGGUAUAUAUUUUUGUUACCCACGUUAAAGCAUUGUAUUUAUUAAUACCUUAGAAACCUCAAAAGAUACUGUAAAUGACACUAUGUAAAAAUAAAAAUUUUCGUGUUUUACUACAUUUAAAAUUUCAAAAUUACAGGGUGCAAUCAUACUGUUCCUACGAGCCCGCUUUCAUUUGACUUCCGGUGAUGUGGACAAUGCCAUUUAUUUUUACAAUCAAUCAGUGUACUGUCAGAGUUACUACAAACAGUUCCAUCAUAUUUGCUAUUGGGAGCUACAGUAUGUUUAAAGCCUUAGCUCAAAGCCCUAGCCCAGAGCUCUAGUCUACGUUUUAGCUCAAGUUCCAGCCUUAGUUCUAGCCCAGUGUGCUAACUACACAUGGGGAACGGGCCGGGUUUGAGUGUUAGCCCCGGCCCGAUCUAAGUUUUGCUCCGGCUCGGCUCGAUUUUUUUACCUGGAAACGGGCCGGGCUUUCUUGGCCUAGCCUGGAAAUUUUGGAACAGCCCGGUCUGGCCCGAUCGAAGGCCCAGACCGGCCGUUCCCCAUGUCUAGCGUUAACCUAAUUCUUAGCCUUAGGUUAUGCUCAUGCUCGUGCCUGUAGUUAAGCGCUUAACUUUCGCAAUACCUAAUCUUAUACCUCUACUUUCAGAUUUGCCUAUGCCAUGUUGGGAUGUUGGGAUUGGGCGGCGAACUAUGCCAAACGCUUGAAAAAUGAAUCGAGAUGGUCAAGGUGUGUCUAUGCUUAUCUCAUUGCCAUCUACAUCUACCCAUACGACCAAAGUAUCGAGAACUAUGUGACCUGGCGUUUGUUAUGUCAGAAAGUGCCCAAGGUCCGACUUCGAAUUGCCGGCAAAUCAAUACCGGUCGAGAAGUUUUGCGAACGCAAAGCCAAACGCUUCCUGGCUGAGAAUCGAAUGUACUUGGCCAACUUUGAGUUCAUGUACUUUUGGAAUAUAUUCAGCAUAUUCGAAGCUCGACGAAGCCAUGUGUCUGAUGUCAUGUAUAAGAUCGAACAGUUCAAAAGGGAGAAUCCUACUGGUAAGUAACGGUGGGGAGGGUACUAUAAAAAGGAAAGUACAAUGUGAUUAUAAGUAGAGGUAGGGGUGGGUCUGGAGCAAGGGUUUUAACAUUGGCUAGGGCUGAAGCAGAUGCUAUGGAUUCAUCAGACGCCGGGGGGGGGGAGGGGGGAAGGGAGAAACGGGACAUGUAGACUCGGAUUGGUUCAGCCCGGCUUUACGAUCUAGUCGGGCCGGUCUCGAGCUAAGGUUGAAACGGACUGGGCUGGAAAAGCGGACCCGGGUCUAAAAAAAUUUUGGGCGGACCAUCCUAGAAUUUUUUUGACAAGGCCAGGCCGGCCUGAAAACAAAAAUGAAAACGGAUCUGGCCUAAACGUUGGGACUUGGGCCUGGGCUAGGCUUUAGAAGGGGGCCCGGCCUGUUUCUCACCUGUAGAUAGGGGUAGGGUAUGGGCAUCAUGGCCAUGUGCAUCAUGGACAUGGGCAUCAUGGGCAUGGGCAUGAUCAUGAACAUAGGCGAAGUCUGGGGCAAGGGCUGAAUCAGGGGAUAGGGCAAUGUUUGGCAGAAGCAAGGGUAAGGGUAGGGGAUGCAGAGACGUUUUUAUGACAUUUUAAUUUUAGAAGAUGUAAACGAUUUGGCACUGUACGACUUUUUACGUGGCGUAUGCUUGAAAACUAUGCGACAGUACGAAUCGGCUGAACGAUGUCUUUACAAGGUCAUACAAAGGUAAGUCAUACCCUACCCUACCCUACCCUACCCUACCCUACCCUACCCUACCCUACCCUACCCUACCCUACCCUACCCUACCCUACCCUACCCUACCCUACCCUACCCUACCCUACCCUACCCUACCCUACCUUACUCUACCCUACUCUACCCUACACUACCCUACCCUACCCUACUCUGCCCUACCCUACCCUUUGAAAAAUGCAAUUUUCAGUGAAUCCCGCCUGACGGACAACUUUUACCUAGUUCCAAAUGCCACUUUUGAGCUUUCUCAAAUCCGUUUCGAGCAAAAGAACUACAGCGAGGCAGAGUCAUUGUUGAACAAAGUAAAACAAUAUAAAGGAUAUUCGUUGGAGAACAAACUUUUGUUCAGAGUUCAUGCGGCCGUUGAGCGAUUGGCCGCGUUGAAGAGCACAUAA